CAAUGACGAAAAGAAACUCAGGCUCAGCUAGUGGAUUAUCCAUCGAACAUUUGUACUAUGAUAUUCUUCUUAGAAUAUUUAUGAAUCUUAAUGUUGUGGAACUUUCAAUUGUGUCGAUGGUUUCCAAGUCAUGGAACCAUAUUAGUCGUGACCCUCUCCUUUGGGCUAAGCUUGAUCUUUCUCGAGUAAGCUCCAAUGCUUUUAAUAUACCAUCGGUGCCAGAGGCUUGGUCAGAUACCAAUUCUAGCAACAAAUUAACAACAUUAUUGAAGUAUGCUCUAAGUUUGAGCAAUUAUAAUACAACUUGCAUAGUAUUCAAUUACUUUAUAUACUUGACGGAUCUACAUUUAGUCUUCGUUGCUGAAAGGACUCCAAAUCUGAAACGAUUAGUACUACCUUUUUCGGGCAAACUAUCUAGUGUUGGAGUAAAAACUGCAAUGAAGUCAUGGAAAAAUCUUCAAUCAAUCACUAUUACCAAUAUCGUCAAGUCAAGAACAAUUUUCUCUGCCAUUCAUAAGUACUCCCAAAAUAUCAUUGAAUUAAAAUUUGCUUGCAACUUUGAAAUAUGUCAAGGAGAAUUCUUGGUUAAAUACACUCCAAAUUUGAGGGCCUUGAGUCUUCGAAAUGUAAUGGUGAAUCUAAGAGCAUUGUUGAAAGUACUCAAUAGCUUGGAAAAGUUGGAGGAGGUAAAUAUUUGUCAUAGUCUAAUUUGGGAUAGAGUAAAUGGUAAAGUUGAAUCGUACAUUAUCCAUGAUGUGCGAGAUCGUUUGAAUCUCUCAUGUCUACAAAAACUUAUAUUUUGUCAAAGAAAUAGGUGCCUUAAGUGCAAGAAUGAGAUCAACAUUUCAAGAAGCCAACCCUAUGUGCAUUUUGAGAAUCUUUGGCGUCAAGAUGAGAUUCGGUCUCUUGGACAUUAAAUAUUCUUAUAAACAUAUGUUCAAGGAUGCUUAAAACUUUGGUUAAGUCAUUUUCUUGUUGCUGUUGGAAUAAAGUUAGCAAACAUUGAAGCAUAUUUAGUCCGAUUCAGCUGUAAUGUAUUGCAUUCCAUUUAUGGGAAUA